GAAAGCUAAUUAAACAUGGAGCCACAAUUCUUUUUCAAACACAGGAGGUGGUGAACAGCUCUUUGAGUGUCCAAUGUGCUGUCUUACCUGUACAAAUGUUCAGGUUCUCCAAGAGCAUGUGGAUUUACACUUAGAGGAGCAAAGCUUCUCAGAAGGUGGAAACUUAAGAGAUCUAGAACUGGCUCAGCAGCUCCAGCUUGAAGAAGAUAAACAGCAAAGAUCAGAAGAGGAGAGGCAAGAGAAGGAAGAAUUUAACAAGCUACAGAGACAAUAUGGCUUGGAUAAUUCUGGAGGCUACAAGCACCAAUGGGUGAAGAAUAUGGAAAGGGCAGUUGACAGAGGAAGAAUGCAGCCUUUUGAAUAUCACAAGAGAAAAGCUGACAUGAUGGAAUCUCUGGCUUUUGGUAUAGAUGAUGGAAAAACAAAGACUUCAGGAGUCAUUGAAGCAUUGUGCAAGUACUAUCAAAGUGAAAACAAAGAUGUGAGACGUGUAUGGCUCUCUGCAUCAGUAGAUCAUUUCCACUCAUCUUUGGGCGACAAAGGCUGGGGUUGCGGGUACAGAAAUUUCCAAAUGCUCCUUUCCUCACUGUUGCAAAACAGCUCAUAUGAUGACUGCUUGAGAGGUAUUGUGCUAACACCUAGUAUACCAAAGAUUCAGUCCAUGAUUGAAGAUGCCUGGAAAGAAGGCUUUGAUCCUCAUGGGGCAUCUCACUUCAACAACAGAUUACAUGGCACCAGGGCAUGGAUAGGAGCAUGUGAAAUUUAUUCACUCUUAACUAGCCUCAGAAUAAAGUGUCAAAUUGUUGACUUUCACAAACCAACUGGUCCCAUGGGUACGCACCCCCGCUUACUUGAGUGGAUUUUGCGCUACUAUUCUGCAGAUAAUGAAGGCAGUGCAAAGGUGGUGUGCACUUCCAGACCACCUAUCUACCUGCAGCACCAAGGUCAUAGUCGCACUGUUGUUGGAAUAGAGGAGAGGAAGAACAGAACAUUGUGUUUACUACUGUUUGAUCCAGGAUGUUCUUCACAAGAAAUGCAAAAACUGUUAAAACAAAGUGGUGAUGGUACUAGCCUCAAACUGCUACGGAGACUUGUGGGUAGUUUAAAAGAAAAGCAAUACCAGAUUGUUGCUGUAGAUGGUGUACUCACACUGGAAGAAAAAGCUGCUCGCUGCCGUGCUUCUYGGGUCUUCACCUCAGAAAAGAUUCCUUAAAGGAUGCCUUUACUACCUCCUUCUAGAAUUUGCCAGAUGCAAAACAUUAAAAUGCUGGACCAUAACCAUUUUUAUUUAUUUUUUUUUUAAUUUUUUUAUUUUUGUUAAACAAGCAUUUGGGACUCAGGAGAUGCAUAAGACUGGAGUAAACCUGGUAGUUUUGAUAUUCAGUGCUAAGAUAAAACACUUCUGUCCUUCUGAAUCUGUAACUCUACAGGUCUUUAAACUUAUUAUCUUGCUAAUGUAUCUAACAGUAGUGUUUUCAAACUUGGUUAAAUGAAAAAGCAAUACUUACCUUCCUCUAGCAAGCUAUGCAUUAUAGGUAACUUUCAAGAGCAGUGUAUAAAAAUACUGUGAAACUAUUUUAUUGCUAUAGCUUCUCAAGUUUACCUCUGUAAAUACAUUUGCACAGCCUCUGUGGCUAAUGUUGUGUUUUAUAUAAAGUUUGAUUUGAAAU